ACCUCCUCCGGGGCUCCUCUUCCUCCCUUUCGCUGCCUUUCUCUCUUGCGGAUGAUGGACCUUCCUGUGGAAAAAUGGAAAGCUUAUGUGAGCCAGAAGUGGGCUUCACUGGAGCCCUUCCUGAAGGAGAAGCUGUCCCAUCGUCCCCCGUCGCUCAGGGAUGCCUUCCUCCUCUCCUCCUCUCUCUUCAACCCUGAAGAUGAGGAAUACUUGCUCAACCUGUCCAAGUCCUACUGUGUGGGAAAGGAUCCUAGCUUGGUCCUAGCCUGCAAAGAGGAAGGGAACAGAAGGUUUCGGGAAAAGGAGUAUAGACCUGCAGCAAUGCUGUAUUCCAGGGCGCUGUCUCAUGCGGAAGCCGGCGGUCCAGAAAUGGCUCUGUGCUAUGCCAACCGUUCUGCGGCACUUUUCCACCUGGGUCAGAAUGAGGUUUGUUUGGAAGAUAUUAGGAGGGCGCAAGAAGGGGGCUACCCAGAGAGACUGGCUCCCAAGAUAUUGCUGAGGAAAGCAGAGUGCCUCCUUUCUCUAAGGAGGUGGCAAGAGAUGACAGAAGUUCUUGGGAGUGUGGAAACGGCAGUGUCAGCAGGCCAGGGCCUGGAAGCACCCAACCACCAGGUGCUGCUCCACAAACUGACUCAGCUGAAAGCCAAAGCCUGUAAAGAGAGGAGCAGCUUGGCCCCUCGACCCACGCUAACUGGCGGGACAGAAGCAGACUCAGAACCCUGGAAAGAAAACAGCCAUGUUUCCUGCGCCUCAUCAUCUGUGCGCUUGAACUUUUCCACCCACAAAGGGCGCCACUUGGUAGCCACUGCAGAUAUCCUUCCUGGUGAGCUCUUGGUGAGGGAGGAGGCCUUUGUGAGCGUCCUGCGCCCAGGAAAGCAGCUCCUCCGUGAGAGCACUGCCAAGGUCAUGUUGGACAGGGCAUCGGGAACUGAAGAUCUUCACUGCCACCACUGCUUGAGGCAGCUGCUGGCCUCCAUCCCGUGCCAGGGGUGCAGCUAUGCCAAGUACUGCAGCCAUGUGUGUGCCCAGCUGGCAUGGAAGAACUACCACAGGAGAGAGUGCCCCCUGGGAGGGCUGCUUCUCACACUGGGGGUCUUCUGCCACGUUGCGUUACGGGCUGUUCUGGUGGCUGGCCUUGCAGAGGUCAGGCACUUGGUAAAGGAGUGGUCUGCAGAGUCUCUUGCUGAAGCACCGGCUGCCAGAGCAGUGACUGAGGGGGAUGCUGUCUGCAUCCCAGGCUGUGAUGCUGAGGGUCGGUACAGCAGUUCCUACCGCUCUGCCUUCAGUCUUUUGCCUCACAGUGAGAAGCAUAGUCCUGAGUUCCGAUUCCUUUGCAGCCUGAGUGUUGCAGCUUUGUGCAAGGGACUCAGGGAUUCAGGUCUGGAAGCGUCGUUUCUGAGCAAGGACGCGGCUGACAACCAUAAUGGAGGAAGGGCUGCUGAGGCACCUCUGGAGCUGGAAGUCUUGGGCGAGGCCAUGCUGAGGCACAUGUUGCAGCUGCAGUGCAAUGCACAGGCGGUGACCACGCUCCAUGCGUCAGGGUCUGAAGCAGGGCUGGUGGCUAGCAGCGAACAGGUGUGCCUGGCCACAGCCCUCUUCCCUGUGCUCAGCCUCCUUAACCAUUCCUGUGACCCCAACACCAGUGUGACAUUCAGUGGCCAAACGGCAGAGGUCAGGGCCUCGCAGCCGAUCCCGCAAGGGCAGGAGAUCCUCCACUGCUACGGGCCUCACAGGUGCAGGAUGGGGGCCAAGGAGAGGCGCAAGAGCCUCCGUUCCCAGUAUUUCUUUGAAUGCCAGUGUCCAUCUUGCACAGAGGAGCUGGGUCCCAAGUCCAGAAACGAGGCAUCCCCCGGAGAGGAUGGCUUCUGCUGCCCUACCUGCAACACCCCCAUGCAGGGAAAACGCCUGCUCCGCUGUUCCAGCAGCAGCUGCACAGCCCUACUCCCUGAGGAGGGCUUCCAGAAUCGUCUGCGUGAUCUUCGCCAGCUCACCAAGACAGCCAUGGAGCUUCUG